AUGCCGCCCGCUAGUCAAUUUUUGAAGCACUCGAAGACGAAAAUGCAGGCUUGGGUCACUAAUAGUAGUAACCAGGCAGUUCCUACUGCGUCUGGCCCGGGUCCGGGACAUGAUAAUCAAAACUAUCAUACUCAUCUUAUUCAACCUCGUCAAGUCAAUCUGUCCCAACAUGCUCCCCUGGUCGCACAGCCCGCACAGACGACUCAAGCACCGCCUACCUCGCCCCCACGAUCACGCGAACCUAUCAUCAAAGCAAAUUCCAAUAGAGCUGCUGCUGUUAUGGCUGCACGAUUACCCGUCCCGGCGAGCCGCACUGGCCACGCUCGAGAUACGUCACUUAAUAUGUCACGAUCGAAAACCGUCGCCUCCGAACCCAUACAAUCCUCGCGACGGGUGGCACCGUUUUGGGAAGGGUCGACGGUAGACGGCUCCAUGUUUAGUGAAAGUGGUAGCAAUGCUGACGCGAACUCUGCGGCUACGUCCAUGUAUCGGAUGCCAUUUCGGCAGCCUCCAUACCAACACAGAGGGGCUACUCCACGUCCUCGCCCUUAUGCGAAAGAGGAAUCCAAUAUACCGGAUCAACAUGCUCCAUUCAUUAUAGGACCUAACGGUAUAAUAGAUGUUGUUGGUGGUGGCCCCCUUACUAGAAGUGCUUCGACGCCAGAUGCUAGGAGUCAUCAAGGUCGUUUGAAGGUGGUUUCCUCCCCUGAACCUGAGCCUGAUCAAGACUCGGAUAGCCCAUACCAAACAAGCCCAGAGAAGACUCCGUCUGCCAAGCGGCUUCCUCACCCUAAAGUAUUACCUGUGCGACCUAGUCGCCGCGGUUCCUACUCUGAAAGAAUUGCAUAUCCUCAAGGAGAAAAUAACAUGUCCUCGCCUCCACGUCAGCCAUAUCAAAGCUCUAACAAUGACCUGGACGAUGUGCGGUCAGAACGCUCCCUACGUUUACGUAUGAAGACGCUUUCCGAUCCCAACCGCAAUACCGUUUUUGCGGAUACAGACACCCCUGUGUUAAGUAACCACGGCGAGUCAGAUGUUGAAAGUGUUGCCCCAGAGCCCGCACCAAAGCCAAUCACAAAGCCUAAACCUCAGAUCAGUCGGCAGCUCUGGCCUAAGACUAGUAGUCAUGGCCGACCGGCUCUUCACGAGAGUGCGAUGCCACGCCAAAUGCUGGAGAAGCGCCUGUCCAAUCCAAAGAAACGUGCACUCGAACUAGACUAUGACGACGGUGCCUUGGCAGCGAUGGACUAUUCGGAACUGAAGAAUGAGGCUUUUGACUUCGACCCAGCGCAGGCGGAGGUCCAAUCGGCGGUAGGACCACCUCGGGGCGGCUUGCCGGAAAGGUUGCAUCAUUUCUUAGACCAGGACCAACCAAUUCAGAUGGAAUUCUUCUCUAAAAUGCCUGUCAAGGAUUGGGAGGCUUCCGGUGACUGGUUUUUGGAGAAAUUUGGGGAAAUCAUGGAUAGAUUCAGAGAUGCCCGUCGGACAAAGAGGACAAUGAUGGAAGGCUUUGAAAAUGAAAUUGCUGAGCGAGGCGAGGCUGUGAGGAACAAGAUACAAGGAAUAGACGUGACGCUCUCUGACCUCAAAAGUGAAGGUGAGGGUAUGAUGGUGGGGAAAGAGUUUGAUUAG